AGGAGGUCCAGCUGCGCCACCUACUUCGGCGUUGAUGGUUUCUUUGGCCCCGAGGUUUCUAGUUCCACUACAAGAGGCGAAGCUGCUCGCCAUGUUUAGUGCGCGACUGUUGGUCAGCAUGUCCUGGACACGGUCAAGAAGGUGCUGCUCGUCUUUUUCCUUCUCCUCGGGAACACGAAAGAGCAACGUCUCAUACAUCUUCCGCCGGACGGGGUCGCAGAGGUUAUCGGGGAAAAAAAUUCGCCACCCCAUACCCAGGCUGGAGUGAUCUGAUGCUGAUUUGUGGCCACGAUUCACGCUGUCAUGCCAAACGGGAAAAGAUGCGGAAACAGCAUGACAGAUUGCCUGCGAACUUCGCUUCUUGUUGCUUUACCAAUACAGUCGAGCUGCUCAUGCAAAUCCAACAUGACGGCUUUCCUCUCUGGUUUGGGGUGAGGGGGUUUUCCUCACAAUAAAGACAAUAACUCUUGACAUCUUCCGUGUGGGCACAGCUACUUAAGUAGGGAACGCCGCAAUCACAUUCAAGCCAACAGAUUGUGCCCAUGUACUUGUUGUGCAGCUCCUGCCCACGUCGUAGUGGUGCUCCUUUUUCGUUGCCGCCCCCUUUUAUGUUGCCGCUCGGCUUUACGUUGCCGCCCCCUUUUACGUUGCCGCCCUUUUUGUUGGGUGUUUUCCCUUUGCCCUUUCCACCUCGUCGCUUCUGGUUGAGGUUUGGAAGCUGGAAUGCUUGUGCGGCAGCCGC